AGCUAUAUAUGGUGCUAAACACAGAGAGAACCAUGUUUUUAUUGAAUAUAUAGUGCUGCUUAAUCAAGUAAUUUACUAGAUUUAUAGUCCUUGAGACAGUUGUCACUGGUAGAAAACUAUCACUACAUAUAUGUUAGUGAAGCACUAAAGAAGAAACCUAGAAUUAUGACAGAAACAGUUCAGGUUCUCAGUUACAAGAAGCUUGACGGCAAAGUAGCCAUAAUCACAGGUGGUGCAAGCGGAAUAGGCGAGGCCACUGCUCGCCUUUUUGCUCAACACGGGGCACGAGCCAUUGUAAUAGCUGACAUCCAAGAUGCAUUAGGCCAGAGUGUAGCUGAAUCUAUUGGUAACGAACAAUGCACGUACAUGCAUUGUGAUGUGGCCGAUGAAGGCCAAGUGAAGGGUCUAAUAGACUCGACAGUCGAAGCAUUUGGGAACCUUGAUAUCAUGUUUAGCAAUGCAGGAGUUGGCAAAACAGGGGACUUGCGCCAGAGCAUUCUUGAUUUAGAUCUCGAGGCCAGUGACAGGCUCUUUGCAAUCAACACGCGUGGUAUGGCAGCGUGUGUGAAGCAUGCAGCACGCGGCAUGGUGGAAGGGAGCGUCAAAGGAGGUAGUAUAGUGUGCACGGGGAGUCUAGCAGCGUCUAUUGGGCUGGAGCAGUUUAUUGACUAUGUAAUGUGCAAGCACGCGGUGUUGGGGCUAGUAAGGUGUGCAAGUAAAGGGCUAGGAGAGUAUGGGAUACGCGUCAACUGUGUAUCGCCAGGGGGUGUGGCCACUCCGCUUUCCUGCAAUGAAAUGAAUCUUAGCGUGGAAGAGUGCGAGAAAUUUUUUGAGGGUAUCAUGGGCUUAAAAGGCUUUGGAGCAACCAAGACAAAGGAUAUAGCUAAUGCUGUUUUAUUUCUGGCUUCUCAAGAUUCUCAGUUUAUCACUGGACACGAUCUGAUUGUGGAUGGGGGAACCAAGCUGACCCUUUGAUUUUCUAUUUGGUAAGCAUUUUAUAAGAAUAUUGCAUUUGUUUUCUGGGCCUAAUGCUUGAAAUGUGACAAGUUUAUUUUGAAUGUCUGCAGCUAAAUUGUAACUUUGUGAACUCACAGUGCUAAAAAAAUUUGGUUGUUUUCUCG